UCACACUCUGAGGAUAGGGACAUUAGUGUGUGAGUUCUCAACAUGCAUUUCAAGAGGCCUUGGCAGGUGUUGGCUUGUGGGAGAUGCUAAGUUUUGUGAGUUUGUGGUGAGUCUUUGUAGUUGACCAACAUAUGAUUGAUUAUGUGUUGAAGGCUCCUGGCAGAACUGGAGGGGCCUGGUCCCAUUCAUCCAUCUCAGUUUGUGGCUGGAAGGCCUGAUGUUUAUCACCGAUUCUCCCUUUUCCUCCUCCUUAUACUUUGAGGCAAUUCCACCUACCUGCAUUUCAUGGGCAACCUGACUGUAUGUGGUGUGUUUGGGUGUGUAGGAAGUAAUAGCCUGAAGCUUUUCUUGGCUCCUCCUUAUACUCUGAGACAGUGCAAACUCUCUGUAUUACAUGUGCAUUCUGAGUAUAUGUGGUGUGUGUGUGUGUGUGUGUGUGUGUGUGUGUGUGUGUGUGUGUGUGCAUGUGUGCAUGUGUUAAUGUGUGUGUUUUAGAGGGCAUGAGGGUAUGUGUGUGUACUCCUUGGAGUCUAGGUUCUGUGACACAGCCUGAGGAUUUGCAAUUUUCACAUUUUCCAUGGGAUGCCAGUGAUAACGCCAGGGAGAUUCAUCUUGGCCACUGUUCUCACUUUGGUGAAACUUUGAAAUCCCUUGUGGAGUUUAUAAAGCCUUCCUGAAGUUGGGACUCCUCCCUGGAAAUACUCAAUGUAUGCUCUGGUCCUCUGUGUAGCAAUAGGCAGCCAUACAUGAGAAUCCCUGUGGUAAAGACAGGAAAAAUGUCACUAUAGGUUUCCGGUGGCACCAGAUAUGUGGCACAGACUCCUUGGAACUUCUUAGGUAGAUAAUCUGUAGCUCCAAGUUCACUGAGGGUGCUCAUGCAGCCCUGGAUAACUCUCUUGAACAACCUUCUUCUUCUGUCCUGAGGACAUGAUAGGAAGUUUAAUAAACACCAGGAGGUCCCAGUGUAUAAGUGCCAGGCUGUGGCAUCCAUGGGGCUGAGGUGUCCAGAACAUAGCCUGAUUCCAUAUGAUCCUUGUGGCCUGUGUUCAUGGGGUCCUUUUCUCCAGGGGCCAUGCCCUACUACAGGCUGAAUUCUUUUGGGAUGCUAAAAACGGAGCAUAAGCAGGUGAUGUCAGACUUGCAGAAAUUGCCCAUGGAGAUCUGUGACGGUGUGAACAAGGUCAAACAGCUGAUUGAGGAGAAUGUAUCCUACAGUUACCUCCACAGCCAGGUCCUCCGAGAUUGGACUCAGCGGAAGGAGAGUGUACAUGUGCUGAGACUGAAGAACAGACAGCUGUGGAAGGAGCAGAUUGAACUGCAGGAGUCCUGUGAGGAGCUGAAGAGGCUCUUGAAGGAGGCCCAUGAGAUGAUCUGUGACCCUUCUGCUGAGCAGCAUCAGGAGCAAGAGAGCCUGGAUGAAAGACUGAAGGACCUGCUGAAGCAGAUGGAGCUGGUCACCCAGCAAGAGGACUUGGCAGAAAAGCUGCAACAUCACUUCAGUGUCUCUGAGAUGAGAUCAGAAAAUCUCCAGUCUGAGUUGGAACAGGCCACAGCCCAGGAUGAGAGCCUCCUGCAGACAGAGCUGCUGCAGCAGGAGCACUAAGUCUCACAGAUCUUGAGAGAACUGAGGAGGCCAAAGAAGCCAAAGAUGCCUUGAUCCCAUGAAGCUCUCCACCUCAGAUCGAGGUCUGCUCAGAAGACAUCCCUUAUAGCUGUGAUCUCACCAGUGAGGCAAAUACCAUCUGACCUCCAGGUGAUCCAGCCCCAAUCAAUAGGUCUGUUGACUCAGGAUUUCUGAAGAAAAGAAAGCAUCACAAAUGAACUCAAGACAGAAAAACCUGAGACAAGAAUUACUGGGAACCCUGACAUUCAAUAGCAAGUGGGCCCUGUGAGGGCUACAACAACAUAGAGGGUAGAGAUGUUGGUGAGCAAGACAUUUCCUGACACUUUAAUGUGAAAGGGUUUGGCAAGCUGACUUAGUCCUCAGCCCUCUCUAGGUGGAGGGAAAUCUGUCAUGGAAGACUGUUGAUGCCAAGCUGUUCCUGACAGACUACACCAAAACCCAUCAUUUUCAUUCUCCAGGCCAGUGCUGAAGCUGACUCCAUGUCAUGCACCAGUGUUGCUGAAGACAAUGCACCACAGAGAUCUCCACAGUCCAUCAUUCGCCGGGUUAGACAGUUUUUCCUGCAUAUUUAAAAUCAGUGGGUAUUUCUCCAUUUUUCAGCUUGAACUAAAUUGCCGGUCCUGAGAAAGGAUUUAUAGAAGACGUCUGAGUUACCCUUUGAUGUUUCUUGGUACUCAGAUGCUGCCCACAUAUUUGUGGAGUCUCUAGUAAGCACACAAGAGUCUGUAUGCUGAAAGAAUCAAAUAGUGACCAAGACGUUACAGGAUCAGAAGUGUGUGAUAAUUUAUCAAAAGCUUCCCAAGGAGCACAAAGAAUGCUCUAGAAAAUCUCUCAUUCUUAGUCUCAGUGAGGGCUUGGCCUACAAAGCCUGCAGGAGGCAUGGCUACAGUAGCUUUGAAAAGGCUUUCACAUUCGCUGACUGCCUUCCUACCAUGUUUCCAAGGCCAGCCACAGGCUGUAGGUCUGUGCUGCUAAAUGUAGAGAAAGAGAAUGCUGCUGACAUUAAUUAUUUUUGUUUGGUUUUUGGUUGGGUUUUGUUUGCUUUGGGUUUUUUUUGUUGUUGUUGUUGUUAUAGAUUGAGAUUUUGCUAUUUAUUUGUUCUUUCUUUUGUUCAUUUGUUAUUUGGGUAUUUUGAUAAGGCUAUUCACUGUUUAUAUUCACUUCUCCCUAUUGAGUAAUAUUACUUUGUUUUUAUUAAUAAUAAAGUGAUUUUGAACUUUUUUGUCUUAGAACCAA